CCGAUGUAAUGACAAACCCAUUGGAGCACUCUUCACGCAAAGUUGGUGUUGAUAUAACAGCAUUACAUGCCCAGUUCAACUCCAUGAAUGACGUCAUAACGUCAUAGUGGCUGACAAGGAUAUCGUUUGUGAAAGAUAAGUACUACAGUGCAUUAUUUGAAAAUGAGAGUUCGUUUGAGAGAAGAUGCAAAACAAAACUAAUCACGGGCUACUGUGAUGGUUUGAUAUGUGUGGAAUUCUACGAGGUCAAACGAUCACGAAUUACUGAAUGUUACGGUGAUUGUUUAACAAUGUUUAACCGCAAUGAGGAAACCCACAGAAAGAAUUGAAUUCGAAACAAUGCUCCGAGUGAACAUCUAAAACACCUUUGUGUAAAAAAAAUCUGAGGAAUUUAGGUUGCAUAAUAAUUGAUUGAUGAAUGAAGGAAUUCUUGUGGAACCAGUGCUAUGUGUUCUCCUGACUGUCAGCCCAUCAAACGUGCACCCAGCACAAGGCAGUCCGAGGCCGGGUAUAAGAAAAGGAAAAGAACACAACAGUUAUUGACUUCAUCUUCUUGAUCCACGAUGUAUCUUAUGAAGCCAACGUCGAUCGUUUUAGUAUGGUGUUUGUUCUACUUCCUUCAAGUGAGUAAUGGUGUACUACAGCAUGACCAUGUUUUACCCGGUCACUACUACCGGCCAUUACAGCAACAUCAUCGGGUAAGAAGAGCUGCCGCCCCCGCACCAAGGACCCCGCUCCGUGACUGUCCAUGCAGUUCAAGUCCUUGUUUGAAUGGAGCCGAGUGCGUAUCUAAAAAAGGCGCAAUAGUCGGCACGGUGGAAUUCAGUUGCACCUGCAGCGGUCAAUGGGUUGGUACAACAUGUGAUAGCUGCCCACCGGGAGAUCCACUAUGCAGCCGUUCCUGCCUGGUACACAGGGAUAAUGACGUAUGUAAUGAUGGUGGACCGGGGUCCAUUGAUGCAGUAUGUGCGAUUGGUACCGACUGUGGAGAUUGCCCUUCAAGAUGUCAAUAAACUCAUCACUGUGCAGCCAUCUUGGAUUUAUCUUCUAUGCAAUCACAUGUAACCAAACCGAGGCUGAUGGAAGCUCAAUUAGUCUGGUACCUUUCCCGUAUCUACGACUAACAUUAACGAAGAUGAGCUUCCUAUAUACUACCGUGUUUGUACAUAGGAACAAAAUUACCACAUCUAUCUCAUGAUAAUUCAAGAACAAUUUUGUCUCUGCAACUUGGAGCUCUUUUCUCUGUUUUCAUGAGGUUGAUGGGAAAUCAUCAACAAGUUCAUCAUUCCGGAAAUUAGGGCUGCACUGACUCACAAUAACACAAAUUGUAAAUUUUUUUUAAAAGAUCAGUGUUAAAGUCCAAGCUCACGAUGGCCUAUGACCCCAAGUUAAACGGGAAGUAUUCUAUGCCCAAAAUGAGAAGUGGAAGUAUUGGAAUAUUGGCAAAUAAAUAAAA